AUGGAGGGUGGCGGCGGCUGGGGUGAUCAGGCUGGGAAGGAUGGCGGAGGCGAGAGCACCAAGUACCGUGGGGUGCGACGCCGCCCGUCCGGCAAGUUCGCGGCGGAGAUCCGCGACUCCAGCCGGCAGAGCGUCCGCAAAUGGCUCGGCACCUUCGACACAGCCGAGGAGGCCGCACGGGCCUACGACCGCUCGGCCUACGCCAUGCGCGGCCACCUGGCCGUGCUCAACUUCCCCGCCGAGGCGCGCAACUACGUCCGGGGUGGGUCGUCGUCGUCCCAGCAACAGGUGAUUGAGCUCGAGUGCCUGGAUGAUGAGGUGCUGCAGGACAUGCUCAGGGACGGGAGUGGUGGAAGGAAUAAUUAACACUACCGAAUUUGAGUACUGAGCUACUGAUCGUGCGAUCAAUUCAUGCACCAUCACCUGAUCGUAUUUAUGGCUGUGAUGCAAA